UUUGUAUUCAGGCUGUGCUCGCGCGAUUAUAUAGUUGGUGCUCUCGGCCUAAAUAGUUUUCCGAAACGUCGCCGUCCCUGCGGUAUGACGGUGAUAAUCGAUGUCGCUAAUUAAUUCGCGGGCGGCGCUAAUCUGCCGCUACACGGAGAUUACCGUUAAAGGAGGAUGCGGGAAGCGUUUACGCGCUUGUAAAAGCCGCACGCUCGGCGCGUCUCACCGAUUUCCCGAGAUAAACAUCGGAUUUGCAUAUCCGGUGGCCAAAAGCUCCGCUCCGGUGAAUGUAUCAGACGCGGAAAAGGCUCGCGUAUAUAUAUAUAUAAAGAAAGGAACGACACCCAGUCAUGCCAGACCAAGUGGUGCUCCAGUUCGGAACAAAGGAACAAUGGGCGCGACGCGAAUAAUUUUAUUGCUCGCAGCGAUAGGCGCCGGCUCAGGACGACUGCCGGCUAAGAGUCAUCGGGAGUCCCGCGCGAAUCAUCCUGUGCCGCCCGACCCGCGCUUCGACGGAGUCUUCGAGGACGGCCACAAUUACGAGGAGAUCGCUGAGCGCGUAAACUCGUGGAAGCCGGAUGACGCGGAGAAUGUUUGGGAACUGAGUGGCCUGCACGAGGGCGACAUAAUGAUCCACCCGGACAGCCAAUCGUGGAAAAAUGGCCUCCUGGACGCCACCGCGCGAUGGCCCGGCGGUAUCGUGCCCUAUUUCAUAGUGGAGGGCGAUUUCGACCAGGACCAAGUGAAACUGGUCGAGGAAGCCAUGGAGGAGUAUCACGAGAAGACCUGUUUGCGUUUCCGCCCUUACAAGGACUCCGAUGAGGAUUACGUCAAGAUUCAGGCGAAAAAUUCAGGCUGCUGGUCCCUGGUGGGUCGUCACAAUCACGGGCAGGUGCUAAAUCUGCAGAAUCCCGGAUGCGUUCAUCACGGUGUGGUCGUGCACGAGAUCAUGCACGCCUUAGGCUUCUACCAUCAGCAGAGCGCCGCGGACCGAGACGACUGGGUCACCAUACACUGGGACAACAUCAAGUUCGGCAGGGAGCACAACUUCAACAAGUAUGAUAACCGCACUAUCACCGAUUACGGCAUCAGUUACGAUUACAAGAGCGUCAUGCACUACAGUUCCCAUGCCUUCUCCAGGAACGGAGAACCUACUAUUACGCCGAAGAAAGAGAAGGUAAAACUCGGCCAACGAGACGGACUCAGCGAGAAGGACGUGGCCAAAGUGCAGGCAAUGUAUAAAGAGCAAUGUGGCGUUCGCGAGCCGGAAGUAAUCGGUAGCAGCGAGUCCUCCGAGGAGAUUUCCAUAGAAUGGAUGUUCGACAAAAUUCACGCGAUAUAAGACGGUCGGAUUUACACGUCACACGUGUGUCAAACUUGUCAAUA